AUGCUCAAAAACCUUCUUCGGAACUUGCGUCUGUAUGAUGAAAAACCAACCAAUGCAUUUCAAUGGGACCUCUGGAGUAAUAAGAAGAGUAAUAUUCAUCAAUACUCGCAUGGAUUAAUCAUUCGAAAAUUUCAAUUACAUCCAUGCAUGGGUAGAACAUUUCAUAGAGAUCAUCAUUCCAAUCAUCAUGAUUCAAAUUUGCAAAAUAAUUAUCGGAAAGGAGAGGAAGAACCUUGUAAUGAAUCAUCAACGUCUUCAGAAGCCUCGUUGAAACGAUUUCAAAGAUUUCUAUUUGAAUGGUAUGCUCAUUCUCACAAUCCGUUGAGUAUGCAAGCCUCUUCAUCACUCUUUGAUAUAUUUAAUUAUGAGCAUUUGACUGAAGCUGAAAUUAUCAACAAAAUGCAAGCGAAAAAGAAAGUGACCGAUAUUAAACAAGUUGAAGAAUUAAUGUUGAAUCCAAAAUCAGAAAUGUAUGAGUUUUUAAAUCAUCGCAGAUUUGAACCUAGAGAUCGAUUCGAUCGGUGGGCUGAAUGGUGGGCCAAGAAAUGUGUUGCUCGAAUUUUGAAAUUCUUGUUUGGAAGGAAUAUGAUCCGAUAUGUUGUGUUUUUAGAAACCAUGUCAGCAACUCCUGGAAUGGUUGGAGGAAUGUGGCGUCAUUUUGCAUCGUUGAGAAGAAAACCCAAUCAACGAAAGAAACACGAACACCUUCGUGUUGGUGCUUUACUCGAAGAGGCAGAAAAUCAUCGAGAACAUUUGCUGGUGUUACUUGAAAUGUGCCAUCAAAACUUGUUGGAACGAUUCAUCAUGGUACUGGCACAAAUCACCUUUUCACAAUACUACUUUUAUAUUUACACACUGUUUGGACAGCGUUUUUCACAUCGAUUUGUGGGCUAUUUGGCCGAGAGUGCAGUGACAAGUUACGGUGAGUUAUUGAAACAAAUCGAUGAGAACAAGAUUGAAAACAAGAAAGCACCUGAAAUUGCCAUCUCUUACUAUCAUCUGAGCGAGGAAUCAACAAUCCGUGAUGUACUACUAGCCAUGCGAAUGGAUGAGGCUAAACAUCGAGAAUUUAAUCAUCUCAUUGCUGAUGAUAUUUACUUCAACAAGAAAGAAUCGGGAGUGAAAAAGUAA